AUGAUAGCUUUACAACUUAUAGCUACCACAGUUCUUCUCGCCCACGUGGCAUUUUCUCAAGAAGUAGAUAACGCUGAAAUUCAGGCAAGGGCAAUUGCUUCAUCAAACAACGAUCAAUUAAAUAAUGGCGACAAGUUCAAAGUUUAUGUUGGAACAAUUGAUGGUGUGCGUCGUGAACUUUUCAAUGAAGUAGAUGGGGCUGAAGAGUUUGUUCCAAAUGAUAAUGGAAAUUUCGUUGACCCAUUCGGAGCUUAUGAUGAUAACUUAAUCAUUUCAACUGAAAAUGAGAAAAAUCUCUUCGUUCCCAAGCCAUACCGACCAAACGGCCAGAAAAAAGAGGACAAAAAGCCAACAACAACUACACCAAGACCUACAUUGGCUCCUACAACCAUUCGUACUGUCCCACCAAUCAUUCAAACCCUCCCCACUAUUCGUCCAACUGCUGCUCCUACCAACUUUGGACGCGAACAAUUCCGCCCAAUUCAACCUCUUCAAACUCGUCCACCAAUUCAGACCACUCAGGUACCAUUUACACGUCCAACUCCAGUCCCAUUCAGACCAGUACCCCAACAACCAUUCCAACCACAAAGACCUCAACAACAAUUCCGUCCAGAGCCUCUGCCUCAAGUUAUUACCCCCAACCGUCAGACACCACCACCUCCACAGCCUCGCCCAACCCCAGCUCCAUUCAGACCACAACAGCCUCAAUUCACCAGAUCACAAUUCCGUACAACUCCACAAACCACUCAAGCUCCAAGACUUCCCUUCGCUGGUACUCAAAACCUUCGCACUGGAGUCUGCCCUGCUUCUAUUUUCUAUAUUUCAACUCCAAUUACUGGACCAUCUAGAUUGACAUUCACUCACUUCGCCGUCGCUGUAACUGUUGAUCAGUGUGCACGUACUUGUCACGAAUUCAACUGCGCUAUUGCUCAUUAUAACCCUACAAAUGGACAUUGUGAAUUCAAUCCAUCAACAGCUUUCGCUAUUCGUAAUGGACAAUGUCCAGCUUGGCCAAGUCUUCACUACAGAAAUAAUGUUGUGGCUAGUGAGUCCGUUCGAAUCUUCUGCGUACAAUGCCAACGUCCACGCAGACGCCUAACAACCGCCAAUAGCCGUCUUCGUAAUGGAUUAACCGGACCAGCUUUUGAUCAAAGACAACGUACUUUGGGAUCAUUCAGACCCGCAACCAGACAUCAUGUGAUCCACGGUGUUUUGGUGAAGCAACCACAAGCAGUUUCUCUCGGAACAUCCCAACAACAAUUCAUUAGCAAUAUUUCCGAUCAGGAUGAGGGCGAGAGUUUAGCCAAUACUGAAAUCAAAUCAAAGAUUGCUGGAACAAGUCAACACGUUCCUAGUCUCGAACAAGAAGAGGAUCAAUUGGUUUUAGUUAAAGAAUUAGAGAAACUUCAAUCUUAA